AUGCCCGGUCCCGAGAAAGAUCGGAUCCAGCCUCCUCGCUCAGGCUGCUCUCCCGCCCCCGGGUCCCCCGCGCUUCAUAGCCGCUCCGCGGACCUUGGCAGGUCCCGCACCCCUGGAUCCCUUGAGUCCUCCUUUUCCAUCGAGGCCAUCCUGGCGAGGCCCAAGCCCCGCGCGCCCGCUGCCUCCCCUCUGUCCAUCUCCGCCUGCACGGUCUCGGGCAUCUGGACGGCUCCCUCCAGGUCUCUGGCCCCGGUUCUGCCAUGGGCGUGCACCGCAACAUUGCUGCCCGCCUACCUGAGCGUGGGGCUCUACCAGCCGCUCCCCCAGCCCCCGGCGCCGGGGCUGCGCGUGGCUCACCUCUGCAGCCUCCAGGGCCUCAGCGUCGUCACAGGUUUGGAGCUGGGUCACUGCCCAGGCCACUGGAGUCCCCCAGGUGGGGCCCCAGCCAAGGACCUUCAGGACACUGAGAGACCCCAAAAGAGGGUUCGAACUAUGUUUAACUUGGAGCAGCUGGAAGAGUUGGAGAGAGUGUUUGCCAAACAGCACAAUCUAAUAGGGAAGAACAGAGCCCAGCUGGCAGCCCGGCUCAACCUCACAGAGAACCAGGUGAGGGUCUGGUUCCAAAACCGCCGGGUCAAGUAUCAGAAGCAGCAAAGGCUAAAACCACCAGCCACGUCUGCCAUAGCUGCCUCCCCAGACGAGCCCUCCAGCACCUCUGAUGCCAUCACUCAGAGAGAAGACGCCGAGUCAGGAGUGGGCAGCUGA